ACACGGAACAGAGAAUAAACUGCUGUACUGGAAGCUGUUACCUCCAUAACAGAAUUAUAGUUGGAUUACGAUCAUCAACUGCAGUGAUUCUAAUUGAAGAUGUUAAAGGCAGUCAUUCUAAUUGGAGGUCCACAGAAAGGAACUCGGUUCCGCCCGCUAUCAUUUGAGGUGCCCAAACCACUCUUUCCUGUUGCUGGUGUGCCCAUGCUCCAACACCACAUAGAAGCCUGUGCCAAGGUUCCUAAUUUGAAGGAAAUCAUCCUGAUUGGGUUUUAUCAGCCGAAUGAGGAGCUAAGUCGCUUCAUUGCUAUGACCCAGCAAGAGUUUAAAGUCUCAGUAAGGUACCUGCAGGAGUUUGUGGCUCUAGGCACUGGGGGUGGCAUUUACCAUUUUCGAGACCAGAUCCUUUCUGGAGGACCGUCUGCAUUCUUCCUUAUGAAUGCUGAUGUCUGCUCUGAGUUUCCUCUGCAAGAAAUGCUCCGCUUUCAUCGUCAGCAUGGAGACUCUCACUGUGGAAUCAUUCUGGGCACGACGGCUAACAGAAAACAGUCACUGAACUAUGGAUGCAUUGUGGAAAAUCAGGAGACAAAUGAGGUGCUUCAUUUUGUGGAGAAACCCAGCACCUUUGUGAGUGAUAUUAUCAACUGUGGUAUCUACUUAUUCACUCCUGAGAUUUUUGGCCAUAUUGCAGCAGUGUUUCAGCAAAACCAAGAAGAAAGACUCCACGAUGAACCUCUGUAUGGGAGACAGUUGCCAGAACUGAUCCGUUUGGAGCAGGACAUCUUUACAAUGCUGGCAGGACAGAAAAAACUCUAUGUUUACAAAACUCAGCACUACUGGAGCCAGAUCAAAUCUGCAGGGUCAGCGAUAUAUGCAAGUCGAUUGUACCUGAACCAGUAUCAUAAGACCCAUCCAGAAAGACUGGCCACAAAACAAGAAAAAGGCCCCCAAAUAAUAGGAAAUGUACACAUUCAUCCGACAGCUAAUAUUGACUCCACUGCUGUUCUGGGACCUAAUGUCUCAAUAGGAAAAGGGGUAAUGAUUGGAGCAGGAGUUCGAGUGAGGGAAUCAAUCAUCCUACAUGGAGCUACACUGCAGGAUCACUGCUGUGUGCUGAACAGUAUUGUUGGAUGGGACAGUACAAUAGGAAAGUGGGCAAGAGUGGAGGGGACUCCAAGCGACCCGAACCCCAAUGAUCCCUAUGCUAAAAUCGACAGCGAGACUCUGUUCCGAGAUGGGGGUUUGACUCCCUCUAUUACGAUCUUGGGUUGCAACGUGAAUAUUCCAUCAGAGGUCAUCAUUCGAAAUUCAAUCGUCCUUCCUCACAAAGAUCUGAACAGAAGCUUUAAGAAUCAGAUAAUCCUUUAGAUAGUGCAGUCUUCUUUUAUAGGAAAGUUAUGAAACCAUCAAAAAUAAUAAUAUAAUGAAGGAGGAAAA